AUGUCGUCCAAAGACGAGGCUCUCGACUCCAGUGCCAUGGAGAAGGGCCACACAACUGCCCUCGAGGGUACUUCUCAAGUCAUCCCUAAAGAAGUAACCAUUGAGCGCAGCGGAAACUUCAUGACCCGAAAUGGUUUGAAUCUCGAAUCAUUCCAGAAGGCUCAUUACGGCCCCGGCCAUGUUGAGCUGGAUCGCCCCAUGAAGCCCAGACAUCUGAAUAUGAUUGCCAUUGGCGGUUCUAUCGGUGCCGGUUUCUUCGUUGGUUCUGGUGGUGCUUUGAGCAAAGGUGGUCCCGGUAGUCUGUUCCUCGAUUUCCUCAUCAUUGGUAUCAUGAUGUUCAAUGUCGUGUACGCCCUUGGUGAACUCGCUGUCAUGUAUCCCGUUUCUGGUGCCUUCUAUACCUAUUCGACUCGUUUCAUCGAUCCCUCCUGGGGUUUCGCCAUGGGUUGGAAUUAUGUCUUCCAGUGGGCCGUCGUCUUGCCUCUCGAACUUACGGUGUGCGGUCUUACUAUCCAAUACUGGAACGAGGACAUCUCAGUCGGUGUUUGGAUUGCUGUCUUCCUCGCCGCCAUUAUUAUUAUCAACUUAUUUGGUGCUCUUGGCUAUGCUGAAGAGGAAUUUUUCUCGUCGGUCUUUAAGCUGUGCGCUACCGUCAUCUUCAUGAUUAUCGCCUUUGUCCUAGUCCUCGGUGGUGGACCUAAGAGUGGGCGAUAUGACGAGUACUGGGGCGCCCGAUACUGGUAUGACCCUGGCGCGUUUAAGAACGGCUUUAAGGGUUUCUGCGCAGUCUUUGUUACCGCCGCCUUCUCCUUCUCUGGAACUGAGCUGGUUGGUCUUGCUGCUGCUGAAGCUAAGAAUCCAGUGAAGUCCUUGCCAAGUGCUAUUAAGCAGGUAUUUUGGCGUAUUACGCUCUUCUAUAUCCUUGGCCUCUUCUUUGUUGGUCUUCUUAUCGACAGCAACGACCCUUCACUGCUCUCAUCGCAGGCUUUCAGCGAUGUUAAGACUUCUCCCUUUGUUUUGGUUGGCAAGUAUGCUGGACUCAAAGGAUUUGACCACUUUAUGAACUUGACGAUCCUUAUCUCGGUCCUAUCUAUUGGCGUUUCUGGUGUCUAUGGCGGCUCUCGAACUCUUACUGCCUUGGCACAGCAGGGUUAUGCCCCCAAGAUCUUUACUUAUAUUGACAAGUCUGGCCGCCCUCUCUUCUCGGUUAUCCUUAUCAUCGCUUGUGGAUUUCUCGGAUUUGUGAGCUUGAACAAUAAUGGACCCGUUGUUUUCGACUGGCUCCUGGCGUUGUCCGGACUUGCAGCCAUCUUUACCUGGGGUUCCAUUUGUCUGGCCCAUAUCCGCUUCCGCAAGGCUUGGAAGUAUCACGGCCACACUUUGGAUGAAAUCCCUUUCAAGGCCAUUGGAGGUGUCUAUGGCUCUUGGCUCGGCCUUGCUCUUUGCGCUCUCGUUCUGAUUGCCCAGUUCUACACCGCCAUCGUUGCUCCGCCUGGUGAAUCUGGCAUGGGCACUGUUGAGGGCUUCUUCAAGUCGUACCUUGCCUUCCCUGUUGUCUUGUUCUUCUGGGUGGUCGGUUACUUGUGGAAGCGAACUGGCUGGCUUCGGACUGAGCAGAUGGAUGUCGAUACUGGCCGUCGAGAGUUGGACUGGGAUGAAAUCAACGCCUACCGAGCCAAGGUUGCCUCGUGGCCAGCUUGGCGACGACUCCUUCAUCACACCUUCUAA